UACACCAUUUUCCCGUUCCUUCCGUGCGUUUGAGUCAUGUGAGGGAGCCUGUAAUGUCCACAGAGCAGGAUAAAGAUUCAUGCUUUCUAAAACGAAACCGAGGAGGUGAAGGUGGGCUGCUGUUGGGAGAGAAAAAGAGACGCAAGUCUAGCACACAGGCGCCAUCCUUCUCUCCUCUGUCCGAAUAUGCGCCGCCUCCAAACCCGAGCGCGGAUCACCUAAUAGCCUCCAACCCGUUCGAUGACAAUUACAACUCACCGUCCCUGAAGCCGCUUCCUCCUGCCAGCCCUUAUUUUGGCCACUCGCAUUACCCAGGGUUCAGCGGCUAUGGGCUGCCCAGGAUGCCUUCUCCAUACGGAGCUCCUUACCAGAUGCGAAACCAGCCUCAUCCGUUUUCCCAGAAUCCCAUGGGCUUCAAACGGUCACCGGGGUUUAAUUACAGCGAAAACCCAAAUUACGGGCAGCUGUUUAGCAGCGGCGGCAGCAACAGCUUCAUGCAAUUCAGACAAAGUCCAGGAGAGCAUGUCAGUCUUCAAAAUCUGAAUCAAAGUGCUAGUCCAGCUGGUCCGGUUUUCGGUCCAGAGGGAAAUCCAGCCCGGGAUUUGAGCCCAAAUCUCUCUCAUCAACAGAAUAACUUCACGCAAUCCAGCACGCCAACACCCAAACAGGACUCAAGCGAAACGGUGAACAAAAGCGUCCCCUCGCAAAACCAGAACUGUGAAGAAAACAAGACUCAGGACAAUGAGCUAAAGACGAAGAGCGGAGCGGAAAAACUCAACGGCGUGCUUCACGCCAACAAUGAAGCCUUGAAGAAGUCGCCGAGACCCGCAGACGCCCGCAGGGGCGGCAAUAACGCUGCUUUGACCAAUAAUAAAGUUGUGAACAGAAGGAGCACUUCCUCUUCGUCCGAGCCGGUUUAUCCGUGUGGCAUAUGCCUGAGCGAAGUGAACGAUGACCAAGAGGCUAUUCUGUGCGAAGCCUCGUGUCAGAAAUGGUUCCACAGAGUUUGCACAGGAAUGACCGAGACGGCGUACAAUCUGUUGACGGCUGAGACGUCUGCAGUUUGGGGAUGUGACACUUGCGUGGAGGAUAAAGGAGCACCGCUGCUUAAGACACGAGAGGCAUCGGACCGUCGUGAGCGUGACUAACAGUCACUGAUGUCCCUAUCGUUGAGUUCCAGAGUUCUGCUGGCUCCUUGUGUGUCUGCU